CCUGGCGGUGCAUUUCCGCGCUGCUCGGCACACGGCAGCUCGCAGGAGGUGACGAGGUUCUGUGUGGGGGUACUGGUGGCUGUGGUAGGCAGGGUCCGGCGGUGGUUUAGCCGUGCCCAUGGACUAGCCGAGGUGGCGGAAGGACUCUGGAGCGUGCCGAACGUCGCCUCUCCCUCCUUGCAACUUGGCGGAACUUGGCGAGCAGCUGCCGCCUGGACACUGUGUUGUAGAAGAUGCACUAUUACCGAUAUUCUAAUGCAGAAGUCAGCUGUUGGUACAAAUACCUGCUCUUCAGCUACAACAUUGUCUUCUGGCUAGCUGGCAUGGCAUUCCUUGCAGCUGGACUGUGGGCAUGGAGUGAAAAGGGUGUGUUAUCUGACCUAACAAAGGUGACUGGUCUUCAUGGUCUGGAUCCGGUGGUGCUCGUCUUAGUCGUGGGAAUAGUGAUGUUUACUUUGGGGUUUGCUGGUUGUGUGGGAGCACUGAGAGAAAACAUCUGCCUUCUGAAGUUUUUCUGUGGAACAAUUGUGUUUAUAUUUCUUUUGGAGCUGGCAGUGGCAGUUCUGGCUGUCUUGUUCCAGGACUGGGUGAGAGACAAAGUCAAAGAAUUCUUUGAGAAUAACAUUAAGUCCUACCGAGAUGAUAUUGACCUCCAGAACCUCAUUGAUUCACUACAGAGAAUUAACCACUGCUGUGGUGCCCAAGGUCCAGAUGACUGGGAUUUCAACAUAUACUUUAACUGCAGCAGCGAAAGCAAAAGUCGUGAGAAGUGUGGUGUUCCUUUUUCCUGCUGUGUACCUGAUCCUGCUCAAAAAGUUGUGAAUACACAGUGUGGCUAUGAUGUCAGAAAGAAGAGCAAAAGUCAAUGGGAUGAUCAAAUUUUCAUCAAAGGUUGCAUUCUUGCUCUGGAAGCUUGGUUGCCCCGAAAUAUCUACGUUGUUGCAGGUGUCUUCAUAGCUAUCUCACUGCUACAGAUUUUUGGAAUUUUCCUAGCCAGGACAUUGAUUUCUGAUAUUGAAGCUGUAAAGGCAGGCAAUGCCUUCUGAAUAUAAAAUCAAACAUAUGUUGCAAAAAGUAUAUCUCAUUAUUCUUGAUCAGUUUCGAAAGUGGAAAGAAAUGUGCAGACCAUGAAAUACUCCUGGUAUUUAAAGCCUUAUGUGGAUCUUACCUGCUCAUGGGUUUUGCUACAAGCUGGUACAAAAAAGAAUCUCCAGCGCAUCUGUCUGCCUUUUUUCUAACGAGACAACUCGGUGCAUCAGAAUUGAUCUCUAGCGAGGAGGAAAUGGAAUUUCCCCAGUCAUUGGCAGAACUGCUUUUAAACUUGUAGCAAGGAGAAAUGAAACUGCUUUAAACUCCUUCCAUGAAGAAUUACCAUGAAGAUUGUUCUGAUUUUACUCUGAACUGUCGUCGCUUUCAGUGUUGUAAUCUCUUCAGAAGGCCUGCCGAUCUCUUAAGAAUAUUGAAAAUGUUUUAAUCUCUACAGUAGACUCAUGCAGUCAGUUGGGCAAGAUGACCAACAACCAUAAUCAUCACGGUAUUGGAAAUUGAAGAAAAAGUCACAGAUUUUCUAGUUCUUUUGUUCUCGGUUGUGCAGGAAUAGGGGAUAUUUCUGUUUGACUGGGAAUGAUGUGGAUGUCUCAGAAGCAGAAACUUGUGCUCAGCAUUGGAUAGCUUGAAUAACCCAAGCAGUUAUGAAAAUGCAUGAGGGGAAAAGUCUGACUCUGUAGCAUUAUGUGUUAGCAGUCUCCAUUUCAGGCAAGGGAAUGUGAAUCCCUAAUGCUUUUUCCUGUCUGAAAAAAAUGUAAAUAGUCUUUAUUUAUAGAAAAAGAAAAAAACUCUUUAAAAAUGUGUAACUUUUCAUUGUUCAGUGCUGUUUUUAUAUAUAUAUAUAUAUAUAAAAAAAGUGCUGCCUACAGAAAUUUGGAAGUGCAGUUUGUUUCAGUAGGUAGCAAGCAUGCUAAUGCUAGCUUUGGUUGUUUUUUUUUUUUCCUUUCCUCUGGUUUCUUUCACAUUUGCUAUGCUGAUGAUUACAAGCCCUAAUUGCUAGUAUCAAAGUUGAUGAAAACAUUCAGAUUCAGCAUUAAUCACUACUGAAGUCUGUUUUUUAAUCAAAAGGUAUGCAUUUAGUAGAACACUAGCUUUUGAAUUUUUUGUAGAUCUUCUAUAAAGCUACUAAACCAUCAGUUCUGUUUGUAUUCUAAUAUAUGGUUCAAAUGCCAAUCACAAUGUGCUGACCAGAACCAUUUCUUCACAAUUUCUUCUUACAGUAUCCAACUAAACUACUCCUGCUGAAGUGACUUUUGUGGCUUUUUUUUUUUUUUUUUUUUUUUUACCAGAAGAAAACUGAACUCUUCUUCCACUGAACUUUUUUUCCUGGUGGUUGAUCUGAAGUUCAGUAAGAUGUCCAGUCUUCUCUGAAAGCCACUGCAGUGGCUGCAAAAGUGUGGUCAUGCCUGGCAUACUAUUUUUAUCUGUAAAAGAUGGAUGUAUAUGGAUGAAAAUGUCUAGGAAGUAGUAGUUGGUUUUACAGUAGGCUGUAUAACUAACAUUGUUUACUGCUUCCAGUGGCACCCAUUUUUUCAGGGAGAGCAGAUUUUUUUUACAGUGCCUGAGAGUGUAAAUUUUAGAGAAGUAUAUAUUUUUCUAAUAAUAUUUUACUACAUGUAGUCUGUGUGAAGGAUUUAAUAGUUGUAUUUCCAAAGUAUACGGCCUUCUUAGGAAACCAAACUCCUAAAUCUCUUAUUUCCGUUUUUAUAUUAUGCAUGUAUUAAUGAACGUUUCACUGGCAGAAGCUGACCUGCAGUAAGAAUUUUUGUGUUGAUUGUCCAGAUGUUCUUCUAGCUCUUUAGUCUGCGAAAUGCUUCGCAGGCAAUGCUGUGCUUCUCAUGUAUAUUUCAGUGCAGCUUUGAUAGUUCUUUUUCUGGCCAGUGACUGAGACAGAACAGGAAAAGGAAGCUUGUCUAAGGAUGGCUUAUUUCCCUAGAACAGAGAACAGUCUACCAUUAUUCAUCUGAGAAACCUGAAAGUAAAAUCUAUAGAAGUGCCCAGUGACACUUUUUUUAGCUUUGAUAUGCAACAAGGGAAAAAUAACAGUAGAUCAAUGAAGGCAGAGCAAGAUGCAUUUCUUCUGCUGAGCCUUGAAUUUGUGGUCUGUAUUACCUAUUUGUUGAAUGUAGUCCAUUAGGAGCAGCCAAAUGUUAGCUGCUGUUACUGCUACUUUGCAAGCAGCAAAGCAGUGUUUUGUAACCUUAGCUUUUAACUCUGGUGCUUGAAACUCUUACAGCACCUCGUCAACCAGCUUGCUCUGUUCUGUGUAAUAAUCUGAUGUAUAUAAAAUUGGAGAAGGAUACUUCCUUUUGUAACUUUCUAUUUGUAAAACAUUACAUUGAAAAUUGCAUAAUGGGAGUACAUUUCACUUUGGCAUUUUUUGACACAAAGCAUGUAGUGCUGGGAAGUUGUUUCAAGAGUUGGUGAAAAUCAUCAUGGCUUCAAUGACGUAUGGAGUUUGUGCACUGAAGUCAGCUGCCACCGAGGGCCCGUACCAUUGACCAGAAUUUCACUGUCUGCAGAUCUUGCCAAGAUGUCUGAAGACAAAAGAAUACUUGGUUUCUUUGGUUCUUCAGUAUUCCGGUUUGUAUGCAAAGCAGAACUUAAUUAGUGUUGUCUUUCCACAGUUUGUUCUUAGUGGCCUUGGCCAUGUUAACACCAGCUUUGUAUCAAGACUCCAGUCAUUUGGAACUGAGUUCAAGAGAGCAAGUUCAACCUAUCUGAGGCUCUUUACAUUCAUGAGCAUUUAUGUUUUCACUGUGGAUAAACUCCUCUGCAUUUAUUCAGUAAAAUUUUUAAAAUCCUG